AUGACUGCAUGCGAAACGGCGUCCUCCUGGCCCUCGGAGGCUCAAGACACCAAUAUGGCUCAGUCUCAGUCGAGCAACACGUCUGGAGCCUUAUCUCCGGAGGCGGCAAUGAGCCCUGUUCAUGGUGUGGCAGGGAACAGGAUAUCGCACAGCGCCAGCACUGACAGUUUCUUCGGAGCUGACAAGGCGAGCACUCUCUCGUCAGAACCUGAGCACUGCCGAGAGCUUCUGAACAACGCUAGUAACGACGACGCGGUCACCGUCUCUCCCAGCCAUACCGCGUCGGCGGAUAGGGGUUCCGGCACGGGUGACGUGGAGGAGAAAGGCAGGUUGCUCGCAAUGGAAGAAUGGGAGCAGGCCAGCAAAAAUACGACCACUUGGGGCGUAGACAUGGUGCUUCAACGACACCAGCAGCAAAUAUUUGACAGCGAUAGUAUGGACACCCUGGGCGUCAUUCCUUUGUCAUGCUCCCCCCCAAGCGGCGCCGGCUGCAAGCGUCCGCGCAAAAAAAUGACAAGGCCCGCCUCGGAGCCGGCGUUGUUGAACAACGAGGCCUCCCCGCAGGACUUUUUGUGGGGCAUUCUCCAAGAAAGGGGUUACGAAACAUCCCCACUGCUCGCCAAGACACAGGCCUUCUUCCGCCCGCCCACCGCCAAGCAAGUGACGGACUACGACAUCCCCCUUGUCACGGCGGUCAGGACGGGGGAUCUGGGGAGCCUGCGGGAUAUGGCCGCGGCGGGGCGACAGAUGGACGCUUGCAAUCGUUUUGGGGAGAGUAUCGUGCACAUAUCCUGCCGGCGCGGCCAGGCCGAGACUCUGCGGUUCCUCCUCGAGAACGGGGGCCGAGUCCACAUGUGCGACGACCUGGGCCGCACUCCCUUGCACGACGCCUGCUGGGCCAAGGUCCCAGUCUUCGACUGCGUGUCCGCCAUAAUGGACCAGGACCCUUCACUUAUCCGCGUCGUGGACUGCCGGGGGGCUACGCCCUUGUCCUACAUCCGUCGGGAGCACUGGCCGGAAUGGCGGGAGUUCUUUGACUCCAAGAAGGAGAAAUACUGGGCUCCACUGCCGGGCUGCGCCUCACAUGCGCGGUCGGGGCGAUCCGAUUCCGAAAGUACCAUCUCUGGAGGGGUGGAAAGGGAGCCACGCGGACAGAAGGAGAAUGUGGAGACUUUGCACUCCUCCUCCGCCGCCAGGCCCGUGACGGCGACGGGUGGGUCGACUGAUCGUGAAGGUGAGGAGGUGCAACAGACGCGAACAAGCGAGCGACAACGGCAACGAAAACGAUCUAAGAACGUGAAAUGA